CUGAAGGAGGAGGAGACGCUGCCGGCACCCCCUCGGAGACCCACCUAGCCCACCCGUGGCCCUGUUUCCUGCCCGGCCAGGAGGAACUGCACUUUGCCUCUGAGCCAUCUCUCCGUCAGCAGCUGGAGGAGGAGAUGAGGGAGGUGGGACCCCAUUUUCACCCAGAGGGACCCCUCUGGGACGAUUCCAGGGACGGGUGAAAACUUGGGAAAAUGUCCAAUUGCCCUCCUAAAAGGUGUGCGGUUCGUUAGUGGCUGGCUUCUGAAUCAGGCCGAAGUGGGCUUCUUGGGAACGGCCAUGUCAUUAUAACAGAAAAACAGAGUUGGAAGGGACCUUGGAGGUCAUCUAGUCCAGCCCCAACUGUUUGAGCAGGAGAACUUCUUGAAGACCUCCAGCCAUGGAGCACCCACAACUUCUGGAGACAACGUCCGUUCCACGGGUUAACUGUUGGGGAAGCCAGCAAUUUGUGUCAGCCGUGCGUCACACCACUGGGAGCGGCCGAUGCCCCAGUUCAGCCUCGGACCGGCAUGCUCUCCUUUGAGUCUGGGACACCAACCUGGCAGUGUGUUUUUGUCCCGUUUCCUGCUUUUCUUGGACCCGAGAGUGUCCAUUCUUUGGGACUUCAGGUCUUCCUGGUAUUCCAGCGUCUUGGGGAUGUGCUCGCCCGCAGGGGACCUUCCGCUGGAAAGUGCCUUGAAGGAGGUGCAGAAUUACGUCGACCACGUCAGGGCCUUGACGGAGGCCCGGGAUGCUCUGGCGGCGGAAUACGAGCGGGAGAACGAAGAGCUGAGGACGAGGUUUGCCCAGCUGCAACUGGAACUCGGUAACAUCAUCAGUGCUACUGUGUGAUAAGGUCCAGAGAAGAAGGCUGUAUCUUAAACCCAGUGCUGGACACUGGGGUGUCUCUCCACUCUUGGGGGGCAACAGAAGAGGCGCCUGUGGGCACCACGCAGCCCCCCCAUGUGCCAAGAGAGGGCUCCGCCUUGUGUUCCUCCCCAGAGUCUCAGCAUAAGGAGGUGGCCGAGCUGCUGGCACUGGAGGGCUUGACCAGCAUUGUCCACAGCAGCCCCAGCGAGCAGGUGGCCUACUUGCUGGUGGAGAGAAGCACUUUGCUGGAGAGGAUGGCAGCGCUGGAAGAGGAGCUGGGAGCCCCCCUCUGCCGGGGGAGACCCUGCGCGGCUGCCCUGCAACCUCCCUCGGAAGAGCCGGAAGGAGGGAACCUCGCCCGGGAAGAGGCUGAGCGAGGUCCGGGUGGAGCCCCAGACAGACUUUGCAGUGCCCAGGGUGAGAUCCUGGCGUUGAACGAGGAUCCGGACGUAUCAGAGGGAGAGCCGGGGAAGCUGCGUGACUCGGUCGGAGCCAAGGUCUGGCAAGGAAAAGGGGACCAGCAGGCAGAGAGGGCCACGCAGCCCGUCGAACCGUUGGCGAAACCGUCCCUCGACGGGAACCUCGUCUCGGCCCUGGAUCCCGAUUCCGUCACUGCCUCGGCGUGGCGGAAGGCCAGAGAGCAGAAACUCCCGACAGAUAUACUGCUGCUGCUGGAGGGGCUUUGCUUUCCGGAGGCAGAGAGGCAGGCCUGUCUGGGGGGCCCAGGAACCGGCCGAGAGGCAGCCGGUCACCUUGGAGGCUGCUUUAAGCACGAGCUGCACCUCUACCGGUCAGAACUGCUUCGUCUCCACGGCGAGCUGCAGGGCUUCCAGGGAGCUGCAGAAGAGAGGGACUUUCUGCGCCUGGCCCACCAGAAGCUGCUGCAGAAGAACGGGCUGCUGGAAGCCAAGGUGUCGGAGCUCUCCCAGGAAUGCGAGCGUCUGAACCGGCACAUCUUGAAGGCAAGGGAGGAGGAGGAGGAGGAGGAGAGGCUUUUGGCAAGCAGACUUUCCUGCCCCGAGUUUCCAGAGAGGGGGCAGGUUUGUGAAGUUCAGAUGCCGAGCCAGGGAGGAGACGGAGAGGCAGCAGCGUGCCUUCAUUUGUCAGAAGCCAGCAGGAUGGGAGAGGUGGUGGAGCCAGUCCAGACCAAGCAGGAAGAGGAGGAACCCUUCCUGAAGGAGAUCCUGGUGGUGCAGCAUCAGCUGAGCGCCCACCGAGAGAGACACGCUGCAGCUCAGCCCUGCCCACCCCGGGCAGCCCUUGGAAGAGCCGGGGGGGACACGGAGCAGGGAUCCCCCCACAAAGGAGCCCUGCAGCGGCAGGAAGAGCCACUGGGGCUGCGCGGGGACCCCUGGCAGGUGCCAAUCUCCGGUGGCUCCGUCAAGAAGCAGCUGAGGCUGGAACAGGAGAGGAGCUUGGAGCUGAGGCUACAGAACCUGCAACUGCAGCAGGAAAACAUGAAGGUCCAGGCUGAGCUGAGACAAGCCCAGGUGAGGCUGUCGGAGAGCUCCAAGGCCUGCAGGGCUCUGGCCUCGCAGGGGGAGCUGUGCCAGCAGAAGGUGAAGGAGCUGGAGCUGGAGCUGCUGCAGCAGUCCCAGACCGUGAAGCAGCAGAGCCGGCUGCAGGAGCAGCUGAGCCAGGAGGGCCAGCGAGCAGCCCAGGCCGAGAAGCGGGCGGGGGAACUGGAGCAGAGGCUGCAGGAGGCCCGGCAGCUGCAGGAGGGCCAGGCCGCCCUGGGGCGGAGGCAGCUGGAGGAGGAGGCGAGGGAGGCCAGAGCGAAGGAGGCCGAUGCCCGGCGGUCCCUGCAAGAGGAACAGAAGAGGCGGAAGGCGCUGGAGCAGCAGCAGGAGGAGCAGCAACAGCAGCGGCUGAGGCUCUGGCGGGAGACGGAGGCCGGGCUGCUCCAGGCCUUGGCUGACCGCCAGGCCCAGGCCCAGCAGCAGGAGGGGCAGCUGCGGACCCUGGAGGACGAGAGGAGGGCCCUCGCCCAGGAGCACCUGCGCUGUCAGAGUCGCAGCCAGCGCCUGUCGGAGCAGCUCGCGGCCCUGCGGCAGGAGAAGGAGACGCUGUGUGAGGAGCAGAGGCAGAUCCUGAAGCAGGUGGACGUCUCCCUCAGGAAAGAGAGCGAGCGGCGCCUCCGGCACAAAGCCCGACUGCGCCAGGCGAAGGAGACGCUGCUCGGCGAGGUGAAGCUGCGCGACACUCGCAUCCGGAACCUGGAGAACGAGGUCCGCCUCUCCAAGAGCCAGGCUGAAAAGGACCAGCUGCUGAUCCGGCGGGUGACCAGCGAGAACGAGGGCCUGUUCAGAGAGAAGCGGAAGAUCCUGGAGCAGCUGCACGGCCUGGAGGAGGCCAAGCAGAGCGACGGCCAGGCCCUCUGCGCCCUCCAGAACAGAGUCCAGCUUUUGGAGGGGGAGAACAAGCAGCUGCAGGACCGGACCCUCCAGCUGAGCCUGCAGGUCGGGAUCCUGGAGCGAGCCCUGCGCACCAUCCAUGUCCACAGCCUGCAGGAGCUGAAGAGCCUCGGCUUCCCUGAAUGUCCACUGCAGAGGAAGCUCCUGCCCUUCCCCGGGUUCAGCUUCUCGGUCACCAGGCUUUCGGACGCCAGCAGCCUUCGCCAAGCCAUCAAGGGCGGGCAGCCGGCCGAGCCCGGGCAGAAGGCCCUGCUCUCCCCUCUGGCCUUCCAGAGCUCCCGGAUGGGCUGCCUGGGCGUCUCCAGAAACCUGGACGACCUCCGCCAGGAUGAGCCCGGCCAGCCCGCCUGCUGAGGUCGGGUGGGAGAGCCCAGAGCGCCCAAGGCACCUCCUGCCUGUCGGUGGAGGCCGGGGGGGGGGGAGCUUUUUUAAAACCACAGACCGGAAUGCCUUUUCAGACACGCCCAUCGCCUGAAGAAGGGGGGAAAUGUCAAAUGUAUUUUUGGAACAAUAAUUUGUUUCUACAACUCUGGAGCUCUGAGCAUAGUUUGUGUCCCGGAGUGUUUUUUGGGGAGGGAGGGAGGGAAGAAAAG